ACGUGCGUAUUUUACGUAUGUAUAUUAAACACGUAUGAUGUUACGCAUGUAUGUCAUUUACGUACGCGCGCUACGCAUAUUACGCACGUACGCAGUGCGUACCAAUGUUUGCAUUUUUUUUUCCCCCAUCCUCCACCCAUGCGUCGCAAAGCAGCGAGGCAGGCCCUUUUUCGAUUCACUUUUGCGUAGCGCGCACUCCCCACUAGCUUUUCCCCCCCACUCGGGCUGAACCUUCCUCCCGCUUGGCCAGAUUUCUGACGAAGCUCCCAUAAACCGUCCACUCGGCCGGCAUUCCCAAAACUUCCACUCGCUCUGUAUACCCGUAAUUAGUGCUUCCCUGCUUUGUUUUCUUUUUCUUUUUCUUUUUCUUUUUCUUUUCCUUUUUUUUUCCUUUUUUUUUUUUUUUUUUUUACCACUCCUUUGUAUAUUCAUUCCCCUAUCGCUUCGCCAAAAUUCUUCAUUUUAGCAGUUGAGAAAAAGAGGAUAAAUAGUCACCCGUACGUAUCCCAAAUUGCACUUCUUCUGGGGGGAAUUUUACAGUCAUUUUAAUUUCCCCAAAGAAAAGCGGAAUAAACGCUUAAGAAAAGCGCGAGAAAUAUAUCCCUUCUCCCCCCCCUCCUCUGCGAUCGACCUAUGCGUGUAUGUGCUACUAUACAUAGCAGGGCGAAUUCGCUUGCCUUCUUCCUUCCCUCUCCCGUAUGCAUUACGAAUCCGGAGCAAUCACAAAACCAACUCAUCUCCCCCCAAAAAAAAUAAACGUACCACACCAGCAGGCGCAUUUCCACAGACGUGUAGACCCACCCACCCCUGCGAAGACGAGUACGUUGCAAAGGAGCCUUUUGGCAAAACCGCACGACAGCACAUAUAAAACACUCCCCCCUCUCACAUACACACACACACACUCCCAAGAAGACCAGCAACAUGGCGGACGAAUCCUCAGCGGCGAACAACGCCAGUGGAGCGGCCAACAGCCAAGGGGAACACAUCCAAGUGAAGGUUAGGUCCCCUGAUGGUGCUGAAGUUUUUUUUAAAAUAAAAAGGAAAACUAAAUUGGAGAAACUGAUGGAGGUUUAUUGUAAUCGACUCGGACAGUCCAUGGAGGCAGUCCGCUUCCUAUACGACGGAGAUAGAAUUCACGGGGAGAAUACCCCCGACCAAUUGGGCAUCGAAGAUGGAGACGUCAUUGACGCCAUGGUGCAGCAGACAGGAGGAAAUUUGUUGUUUUAG